ACCCCUACGAAGCAAAAUAGCAUGAUCUUAAAACCCGGAAGUCACAAGACGUUCAGUUCAAGGGUCGAUCAGCAUCUUCCAAACUUUCUCUGCGUCUUUGGAAGCGAAUCAACGUCUUUCCUGUACUUUAUGUAGUAAACAGAGUACCACCAUGCCAAUAGCAGCUACCGUCACCACAAGAGAACUCAGAAACUCUGAAACGGGGCUGGAUUUAAGCGUUCCCCAAACAGAAGAAAUCGCAGGAACGUUAGCAACCACCACCCUGUACCAAACAAUAGUCAUCACCGACCUUUCUGUCUUCAAGAGCCCAAAGCACAGGGAGAAUGAUGUUGUUCAGUUUAUGUGCAGCCACAAAUAUGCAGAAUUUGAAGCUCUCCACAAGAGUCUAGAUGAGAAGUUCUCGGGUACAGCCCUGCCCGCCCUGCCGUCCCGCAUGGUACUGAAGUCCUCGGCUGCGGUGAUUAAAGAGAGAAGAAACGCCUGUGACACCUUCCUCAGGUUUGUCGCACGGACUCCCAAACUGGCGACAUGUCCAGAGCUUUUGGAGUUUCUCGGAGUGAGCAAGUCCAAGGCCACCUACUACUUAAGAAGAGCAGAAGCCAAGAUCGCUCCAUCUCAGGCGGAAAAUAAAGAAGACAUCUUUGAAGAGAAGCCCGCCAAUGACGAGCCUACCAAACCCCAAAAUGUGCAAGACUUGUCGAAGAAAGUGGACAUAUUUGGCGGUGAUGUUGUAGACGAAGCGGAUGUCGACCUGUUUGGACAGACGUCAUCGAGUACGACAGUAGACGAUGAACUGUUUGGGGCAGCACCGGUCAAGAAGGUUGAUGUCACAAGGUCACAAGUGGUCAAGUUGUUCGGAGAAGAAGAUGAUGAAGACCAAGAGUUGUUCAUUCCUGAGGGAGCUCGUGUGGAAGCCAAGCCAGAACCAACUGUAGAGGUUGAGGAUAACACAGAUCUUCUCACCAUCGAAGACGACUUGGACAAACUUCUCAACGUCUCAAAAGAGAAACCAAAGCCAUCGCCAAAGCCAUCGCCAAAGCCACGCCCCAUACCUGCCCCGAGACCCGGGAAGAAGCCGCCGACCGCGCCCAAACCGAGCCUCACCAAAGCGGCCCGCUCGUCUGAAGAUCUUUCCGGAGGUCAGGUCAGGACGGUAGAGUCCAUGGGAGAUGAUGACAUCAUGAAGUACAUACAGACGGAGUCUAGUCAGCAGGAUGAUGAUCUUAAUCUUUUCUAAAUCAUUUUACAGGCCACAAUGAUGCCAUAACUUCAUAUCUCUUUCUUGCAUUCUUGCAAAGCUCAAAUAGUUUAUAAUUAUCUGAAAAAAAGUUCUGUAUUUUGUUGAUAGAGGAAAAGAAGCUGUUAACAUGUAUUAUCUUUUUUAAUGCUUUUUUAAAGAAUGAGAGUCUGUUUUUAAACUUUUUUUAAAUUGUGCAAUUGUUAUUUGUAACUGUUAUCUGUAACAUAGAUGGUAUAACUUUCUAUAGGAAUAGUCUCAGUUAGGCUCCGGCUGUUUUUGUUUUAUUUACUUUUUUUUUUAGUUGGUUUAGGAAUAAUCUUUUCAGAAAGUGUAACGUUACAUGUGCAUUAUAUCAAAAUUGAAUGUGCAAUAUUUCAUGAACCAUGGUCAAUAUACAAAGUAUAAUACAGACAAAAUGAAUUAAAUGUAUGGAAAUGUCUCUAAAAUGUUCCUUUAAAUAAUGUCAAUAGCAAAGUGUCAAAUGUUUGCUUUUACAUUUAGCCUGAUGAUAUAUCAGUAUUUGAAUAUAUUUGUACCUCGUAUUCAAACUCCAAUACUACAUGUCCCCAUGACUUUCAUAAUUUGUAACGUUACCGCAGUAAAUUAGGUAUAACAGGUCAACGCCUGUUUUCAGUAUUAGAUGAUGUGCAAUGUCUUUGCAUGAAGAAAGCCAUGUUUAGACUCCACUAAGGCAACAUUUACAGCAAGUAAAUUCUAUUGAUGACAUUGGUGUGUGUAUAUGUUGAUUUUUGCUUGUUUUCAGGAAAAUAAACUCCGGCAUUGGUCAACAUACUGAAAAUGGAAA